UCUCAAUUAUCAGUCAUCGAUCACUCACUGUCCUCAGUUCGGCGAACAGAGAAAUGGAUCAAAGUGCACUGCCGGCGUUUCUUCCACGGCCAACACUAUUACUGCUUCUCACGAUUCUUUCUGCAACAACUGUUACUGCUUUAUACGGUCCAUCCUCUCCCGUCCUUCAGCUGAAUCCUUCCAACUUCAAGUCUAAGGUCCUUGACUCUAAUGGCAUUGUUUUAGUGGAGUUCUUUGCCCCAUGGUGUGGUCAUUGUCAAGCAUUGACUCCCAUUUAUGAGAAGGUGGCUUCCGUUUUGAAAGGCGUUGCCACUGUUGCUGCUCUUGAUGCAGAUGCCCACCAAUCUUUUGCGCAGGAAUAUGGCAUAAGAGGUUUUCCUACUAUAAAGGUGUUUGUGCCUGGAAAGCCACCUGUCAAUUAUGAAGGACCAAGGGAGGCAAGACCAAUUUCUGAUUUUGCAUAUAAACAGAUUAAGGCACUGCUCAAGGAUCGGCUAGAUGGAAAAACAGGAGGAUCUUCUCAAAAGUCUGAACCUAGUGCAUCAAUUGAAUUGAACUCAAAAAAUUUUGAUGAGUUGGUUCUUAAAAGCAAAGAACUGUGGAUUGUGGAGUUCUUUGCACCUUGGUGUGGACACUGCAAGAAGCUUGCUCCGGAGUGGAAAAAAGCUGCGAGUAAGCUCAAAGGAAAGGUGAAGUUGGGUCAUGUAGACUGUGAUGCAGAGCAGUCUCUGAUGAGCAGGUUCAAUGUUCAAGGAUUUCCUACAAUUUUGGUAUUUGGGGCUGACAAGGACAAGCCUUCCUCUUAUGAUGGUGCAAGGACUGCCUCAGCAAUUGAAUCAUUUGCUCUAGAUCAGCUGGAAACUAAUGUUUCUCCACCUGAAGUGACAGAAUUGACUGGACCAGAAAUCAUGGAAGAAAAGUGUGGUUCCGCUGCCCUUUGUUUCGUGGCAUUCCUCCCUGACAUUUUGGAUUCCAAGGCCGAGGGAAGGAACAAGUACCUUGAGAUGUUGUUGUCUGUUGCAGAGAAGUUCAAAGGGAAACCAUACAGCUUUGUUUGGGCUGCUGCUGGUAAGCAACCAGAUCUCGAGAAGCAUGUUGGUGUUGGCGGGUAUGGAUAUCCCGCAUUGGUAGCCUUGAGCCGCAAAGCUUAUGCACCUCUUAAGAGCGCAUUUCAGCACGAUCAGAUCAAAGAAUUCGUGCGUGAAGCUAGUAUAGGAGGUAAGGGAAGUCUGGCUUUAGCAGGCACCCCCAACAUUGUAAAGACAGAACCUUGGGAUGGUAGCGAUGGGGAAAUCAUCGAAGAGGAUGAAUUCUCCCUUGAAGAACUUAUGGCAGAUGACUCACCAGCCAAGGAUGAAUUGUAAUUCUCCCUCUCUCCACACUAAUUAAACCAAAAAAAAAAAUGUCAUAUCUGGUAGAGAUCAUCAUUUAGACAUGCCUACACCAAGAUCUUGUGGUCAAGGUUUUUCUGAUCUGGGAAAAAUGUGGUCAGUGAGGUAAAAAGUGGACAUUGUUAAUUGCUUUUUAUUCAAGCAUAGUUUGAACAAUUUUGAUACACCGUGUUUUACUCUCUUUAUAUUUAGUAAUUAUAUUAAGUUUUAAGUACUUUAAACUA